GACACCCUUUCUCGGUCGCUGGUAGCUAGUCUCCAGUCACAUGUCGGUUCUUAAGCUUCACGAUAGUAUAAUGUCAUAGCUUGAGCUUCACCUUCACCACGCUCCAUGCGUUUCUUUUUUCUCCUCGAGCAAAAAAGAUGAAAAGGAUGCGGCCACGACAGCAAUUUUUAGCAUCGUUUCGAAAGAAGGUAACGGGAGCCGAAAUUUCUUCAGAUAUUAUCCACCUUCUAGUCGUCAGCGCAUCUUGUAAUCAAGUUGACAUCUUGUCAGCUGAAGCUGCGUAUUUUUUUUUUCAAAUUGUCUUCAGGAUUUCUGGUUUUCCCUAUCCCCUAGAAGUCCCAGCGAUAGAACAGCAACUUGUUAUUAAACUUAUAAUAUGUCGUUUUCCUUUUCCUUCACUUGUACUAGUACCUCCAUCAAAUAUUCGAGUUAGUGUCUUGUAUUUGUUCUCGUUUUAGGCAUAUCGCAAUCGCUCACACCAUGGGCAAAAGCAAAACCGAGGAUAUCAUGGAUUCGAGCAGAUAUUCAAUUAUUGCAGCAGCUGGAGGCGUGGCGUUGCCGCAGCCUCCGUAUGAAGAGCACAUUGCUCAUUUUGUCCCGCGACCUCCACCUGAACAACUACUCGGAGACCACGUGCGUCGGAUGAUGUAUGAUGAUCCUGUGAUGCAACAAUUGUAUCAACAGCAGCGCCGCUCGGAAACUGGAACUCGCGUUGGAGAAGCGGAUGCUGGGUUUCCUGAUUUUGCUACGUGGUGCGACUUGCAGUUUGCCGGCGCGACUGCUGUGCAGCUUCCUGCGCGACACGUGAUGGUGCCGCCUUCCUUCGCACCAGCAGGUUCUCUUGAUGGCAAUUUUCCCACUUCCAUUCUGCCCGGCCGAGAAAUGGUACCGCCAGUUGACGUCAAUUACAUUAUACCGGCGGGGGCGAUGACCCACCAGACACACCUCAUGUUAGCAACCGCGGCGCAAGCACCGGAAAGCUUUCAAAGCUUUCCUCCUCCUGCCGAGAAUUACAAUCUUGAGUACGCUGAUGUCACAGCCGAACCCGAAAUAGAGUAUCCCGCUCAUGGAGGCGGGUUCCCUGCUUCUUCCUCUUUCUGGUACGACGCCAACUCUCAACAUGAUCAAGCAUUGUUUUCUUUUGCCAGCGGUGGCGCUCAACAUCUUCCUCUUUACUCGGCCUCUUCUCAUCCGACCCAGAGCGAUGCGCUACAAAUUGAGCCACAGCUGCAAGCGACAGCACACACACAAAAACGCGAAGGUGUCGAGCAGCAGGCCCUGCUCUCGCCCGGAUCUAGAGGCAAUGCAGUGCAUCUUCAGGACAGCACUCCUAUCAAGGACAAGGACACCAAUACAUCAUCCAAAGGCAACGGCAAGAAAAAAACGACAGCAUCGGAAGGACGAAACGGAAAGCAACUGCCAAAAGGCGGCGAGAAAGCACGAGCAUCGGCAUCUUUUGGCUACACGAACACGACGAACAGACCGGGGACCGCCAGACCAGCACGACCAAGCAAAGAGGAUAUGUUCGAAAUCAUGAUCGCGAAGCGAAUUGUGUCUGGAGGUUCUGAUUUUUCGCGCGCGGGCGCGCAGGCAAAGCCAAAGGCUGACGAGAUGCGCGUCUCUCACGGUUCCCGAAGGUGGAAAGACAACGAAAGAUGCACACUGGAAUACGUGUUUCGGAAGCAGGUGCACCGCUGCGCUGUCUAUGAUUACGCGACUUCUUCCUGGGUGCAGAAGCGCGAGUGGCGGAAAGGAAGCAAGGAUUUCAAGAAGAAGAGAGCAAUGGUCGACAACUUCUUUGAGAAGAGAGGACUUCGGCGGGGAUGGCAAUCUCCGCUGGUCCCCGAGGUCGAGCCGCAGCGACAAGAAAAUCGUUGCGCGUUGUGGAAACAACGUCCCCUGGUGGCCCACGUUGCCCAGCUGAUUUGCGAGGAGCCGGACUUGUUGCUGCAGACGCUUUUUGCGACCGCGGAUGCAGAUGUCUAUUUGCGCACGUACGCGGAAGCGCUGCUGAACAAGCUAUCCCGCUCCGAGAGAAAUAACUCACUGUCAAUUUCUCUUGGCAAAGGAGAAGGAGUUUCUGCUGCUUCUGACAGCGGCACUGGGCAGAAAAUGAAUGCAGGCACGUCUCACCCUUGGCUAUGGUUGCGUGAGGAUAAUCAUAAUCGCCGAAACUCGCGGUCGAGUACAAGCACGGCCCAAGCACCUUCCGAGGGUGCUGUGGCAGUCGCUGAAGCGAAAGCACAGUCAUCAUCUGACGCAGGAGCCCCUGCAAGAGCAAGUGGCGGAACGAGUGGCAAGUCUCCAGGACGACCGGAGGUAGCUCGAGCUAGUGUGUCAACGACGGCAUCCGGGGUCUCUGCUGGGACGGCAUCUUCUGUAGGGACAGCACCGCUCUCACCCGUUGAGCUCGCCGAUAAAAUAACGGCGACGUCUUGGCGGACAGUUCCGUCAAAAGUGCUGGAAGUUUUCUUGAACUGGAUCGAGGGCCAUGGUGUGACAGCAGAAGAGUUUCUCGGUGCGUGGAGCCUCUUACAGCAGAUGCAAAUUGAGUUCGGUGGCGCUGCGGACGCGGAGGAAGUGGCUUUUUGUCGCGCAACGUUGUGGAGGGAACACAGAGAAGCGUCGCGAGCUCGAUUAAGAAACCUGGCUUCGUCGACCGUAAAGUUGCCAUCAGACGGAAUAUACGAUACUACGAGCAUCGGAGAUCUUUUACUGCGGCAAGCGGUCCAUUUGGGACUCGACGGAGAGCAUUUUCCCAGUAGCAGUGCCGCGCACACGCGACAAACAAUGUACGGAGACUUGGUACAACAAUGGGACGGCCUCUGGGUGCCGGGAAAACCUUCGGCGGUAUGACGAACAAGGUUUUUUUCGCUUUAUAUGACAGUUCAGCAGUGAGCUGUCACAUCAUGCCGACCACAAAUUUAUAGAUCGUCGCCUGGUAGCGAGAGCCGUUUCUCACUUAUUUUUCCAUUUGGAGAAUGACUCCCACGGACGUGAAGUUGACCUUCUUGAAGAUGGUUGCCGAGGUAUCUCUAUCUCUUCGUUCCCACUCAUGCAAUAUUUCUUAUUUGCCGAGAUCUAGAAGGAGAAGAACGAACUAGAUUUUCUGUGUUGAUUGCUGUGCAUAACAUGUUUACCCCCCGCACAACAACAAAUCUCUGCAUUUUGUCCUUCUGCGAACAGGGAUGACUUGCACUUUCUUAAUAUUUUUCGGCCCAAGGCUCAGCCACUGAUUUUACCUCGUCGUGGCGUACUUUGAAAGCGAAGCUCCAAUUUAGAAUUAGAAUCAGUGAGGUGAUACGGCGACCUCGACCCGCGGGGGAGAUGAUCAGUUUUUUAGGACUGUUGUCGCAGAUCAAUCAAGGUUUUUUCGCAGCACUACAGGCAUGUUUCAUAGAUGACCCUGUCUCACGAAGAAAAUGAUGCGUGCAUCAUCUGAACGAAAGAUUCUACAAGUGUUCUUUUUUUCGAAACUCUGGCACAGGCGGUGGCACACGAAAG